CACACCAGCAUGACUACAGCAUGUGGACUACUACGAGAUGAUGCUACGGAUGGCGGGGCGCCAUUGAUCGAUUGUUCGCGUCUUGCCAUGGCCAUCAAGGGCGACGGUCACGUGCCUGGUAUCGACUGCCGCCGCACAUGACAAUCGUGAGGCGAGAAGCAAGGCACACCCGGGCACGGGACCACGGGACGGCAUAGCACACCGCACCCACCACCACUCCACCACACUCCCUCACCCCCAAGCUACUCUCACGAACCCCUUUGUCAAGGCAGAGAGAGCGAGAACAUGGCUGGUGUGGGCGACGCAUACGUAUGGUUUGUGACCAAGGCGCGGUACGGGAUCAUCCUAUUCUGGCUGGCUGCCCUCGGGGUGGGCAUUGUGUACGGCCCGCAGUACCUCAACUACACGUCGGGGCACUUUAAGCCUCCGCCGGGGACGCAGGCGUACACAUCGUCACAGGCGUACGAGACGCUCUUCCCCGCGGCGCAGAACAAGGGCACGCUCAUUGUCAUGGUCUCGUCCUCCGACGAAGCGGUCCGUGUCGACACCUCGCCGUGGGUCAAGACCUUUACGGUGGAGCUCGCUGAGGCGAUCGAGCAGUACUCUGCGAGCCACUCGGGCGACGGCAAGUUUGUGCACUCGAUUGCCGGGUUCUGGCUGUUAGUGGGCGGCAAUUACACCGGGCUGGCGGAGCAGUACGUGUCGCCGUCAGGCGAGUCGACCAUCAUCUCGAUCUCGUAUGCGACGAACCUGGACAAGCGGGUGGUGCCAGACUUUAUCGACUUUCUGGAGACGGCAAGCGGACACGCGGCUGUGACGGCGUCUGCUGCUGUUGGACAUGGAGCGUUCUCGUAUGGGGUGACCGGACAAGACGCACUGUGGAAGGCUGGCGAGAAGGCGACGAAGCAGUCGCUGGCACGGAUGGACACGGUUGCGCUCCCGCUGGCGCUUUUUAUUCUUGCGUCGUACCUGCGGUCGAUCCGGAUCAUGAUUAUUCCGCUCAUUGCCCUUGGCACAUCCAUGAUGACGGGCUUUAUGAUCAUGUACCCUGUAGCGCGGUACAAGUGGACGGUUGCGCAGGUUGCGCCGAACAUCCAGGGCUCGCUCGCGCUUGCGCUCUCGAUCGACUACUCGCUCUUUCUGCUCACGCGGUUCAAGGAGGAGAUUCUUGUGCAAGGCAAGGACCCUGUGGAUGCUAUUUCUGUCAUGUGCCGGACGGCGUCGCGGGUGGUGCUUGUCUCUGGCUCAACGCUCACCAUUGCCUUUCUUGGACUCGCCUUCUUUCCGCUUGCCUUUCUGCAGUCGAUCGGCAUUGGGGCAGCGGUCACGCUCUUCUGCACCAUUUCUGUCAACCUCACCCUCACGCCUGCGAUCCUGCUCACGUUUCCUAACUUUUUCGGCCAGUUUGGUGUCUACGACUUUAUUCUGGUGUGGUGGGCGCGAAUGCGCGGGCAGGCACCGCGGUCGGUUGCUGCCUCGCCAGAGACACGGCCACUGCUGAUGUCGGAUCCCGAGUACUCGCGAUCGAUCCAGGGGACGGCAACAACGCCGGUUAAUGGCGAGCCCGGGCUGUUUGCAGUCAACGCGGCGGCGAUCGGGUCGGAUCCCCUCGUCGCGGGCGAGAAAGUGAGCAAGAGCAAGCUGGUCAUCGAAGAUCCGAUUGCGUUCAAGGAGGGCGCGUCACGGAUGCUCUGGUUCUCGUCGUCCAAGUACACGGCGCGGACGCUGUCUGCGGCGAUCAUCAUUGUCGUUGUCGUUGCGGUCCUCGUCCCGUUUGCGGUUCAGGUCAAGGAUCUGCACAUCACGGCCGACUCGACUCAAGUCUUCCCGCGUGACGCGCCGGCGCUCAAGCUCUUCCAUGCCUUCCAGACCCUCUUCCCGCCGGGCCUCAUCUCGCCGUACCACGUUCUGGCGGUGCCGCCGGCGCACUUUGGCUCGGUCCUCACGCCGCAGUACUUUAACUUUACAGCGACGCUCACGCAAGUCCUCACCAAGGCUGUCCCGCUCAAGGACCUCACCUCGCUCACGAUGGUCAACGGCGUGGAGGUCUCGCUCCCCGAGGCCGCGGCGUACCUCUCGUACAAGGGUCCCGGCGGGCCGGGCGCAUCGGACUUUGCCAAGCGCGCGUACGUGUACCAGGCCAACUUUGGCUCGCUCGUCAACAGCGCGCACUCGGCCGCGACGGUCAAGGUCCUCACGCCGUUUGACCCACUCGGCGAGGAGGCCAAGCCGUGGCUCUCCUCGGUCCGCGCGCUCCUCGCCUCCUCGCACGAGCUCGACUCGUACCGCGGGACCCAGUACUCUGCCCUCUACGUGCUGGGUGGCAACACGGUGGUCAUCGACACCAUGGAUCGCAUCUUCAAGCUCUUUCCGUACGUGGCGCUUGCGACAGCCGUCGUCAUUUUUGCCAUUGUCGCCAUCCUCUACCGCUCACUCGUCGUCCCGGUCCGCCUCCUCUUUACCAUUGCGCUGCCCAUCGGGGCGACGCUCGGCCUGGCGGUCAUGAUUUUCCAAAAGGGAAACUUUGACAAGCUCGCCGAGUCGGUUCUCUCGCAGUCCAAGGGCAUCUACUGGCUUGUCCCAGUCAUGUCCAUUCCCAUCUGCAUGGGCCUCAUGCUCGACUACCAGAUUUUCAUCCUCUCGCGCAUUGCCGAGCUCCGCCGUGCUGGCUUUGACCACUACUCCUCGGUCCGCCUUGGCGUUUCGUCGGCCGGCACUGUCGUCUCGGUUGCCGGUGUCAUCAUGGCUGUCGCCUUUGGCUCGCUCCUCAUUGCCGAGGAGCUCCUCCUCAUGUGCCUCGGCUUUAUUCUGUGCUUUGCUGUUCUCCUCGACACCCUCCUCAUCCGGCCCGUCAUCGUCCCCGCUGCCGUCUGGCUCUCAGGCGACAUCAACUGGUGGCCGUCGCGCAUGCCCGAGCCGCAUGUUGUCAUCCCGUGGUAGAUGCUGAUGUAGUAACACAGGUUUGCUGGCC